UUAAUAAGAGACUGCUGCCGUGAGCCAGCUGAACCAAAAGGAAGGUUUCGUAAGCAAUUCCCAGUAAAUCAUGGUUCAGAUUAUUAAAGACAUGGAUGAAUUUAGCAGAUUUUUGAAAGCUGCUGGAUGCAAACUUGUGGUGGUUGAAUUUUCAGCAAAAUGGUGUGGUCCUUGCAAAAGGAUUUAUCCUCUUGUUCAUGCAAUGUCUCUGCAAUACCAAAAUGUAAUGUUUGCUAAUGUGGAUGUGGAUGAUUCUAAGGAGUUGGCCCAAACUUAUCACAUCAGAUCAGUACCCACAUUUCAGAUGUUCAAGCAAACCCAGAAGGUGACUCUAUUCUCAAGACUCAAAAGAGCAAUUUGCUGUUAUGGAAAUGGAUUCAUGAGCGAGCCGAUUUUUGAAUUUUGUGGAGCUGAUGCUCAAAAAUUGGAAGCGAAGAUUCAAGAAUUAAUGUAAGCUGAUCUCCAAGACGGAAUACAUUUGCAACAUUUUAAAAGGCCACAGCAAAUGCGUUUGUGUUUUUUAUUUGCAGCGAAUAUUGGAAUGUUCGAUCGGUCCCCCUUCUAAUGUUUUACAGGUUGAACUCCACUUUCCUGCAAUCUCAUUCCACAAUUGCUUGAAGCUCUUGCAGUAUCAGAGAAUGUAUCACUCCCAUUCUCUAACUUAGCUUUCCACUUACUUGAGCACAUUUCUUAGGUGAUGCUUUUAUGACCUUCACAACAGAGGCCCUGCACAGCUAAGUCAUACCAUGCCAUUAAGAAGGUUUUCCAGAGAUCUCUGAAGAUGGAACUCUUCACAGUGGUCAAGAAACAAAUAAAUACCGUA